AUGCUUUGUAAUCACGUAUUGGAUCAAACAGUGAUUACAUCGCUCAGUAUGACGUGGUUAUCAAAGGGAUUCGCCGGAUGAAAUUUUAAAAAUUGACCUUGAUAAUACAAUACAUUAGUUGAUGAACGAUGUCAGUCUUACGAAUUGUCAUACGGAGGUAUUGAGGUUAAGCAAAUUUGUUGCAAUUUUUUGGCAGGAAAGUCAAAUUAGAAAUGAAAAAUUUUGUUUGGGAAAUCGAAGAACUUAGUAGACCACAUGUACAUAUUAAAGAUAAAAAUGUAGUCAACCAAAAACUUAGUAGAUUAAUUGAAGAUGGAUUUAAAAAAUUGCAAGUUGUUUCAGAUUUCGAUAAAACCUUAACCAAACAACAUGAAAAUGGAAAACUCCAUCUAAGCAGUUUCGCUAUGUUCAGUACAUGUCCAUCUGUUACACAAGAGCACAAAGUAACAGCCGAUGAACUAAACAGAAAAUAUGCACCUUAUGAAGUAGAUCCCACGAUCCCUCAAGAUGUAAAAGUGCAACUUAUGAUUGAAUGGUGGACUAAAUCAGAAGAAAUCCUUAAAGGUUUAUCUGUAACCAAGGAUGAGAUUGAAAGAGUUUGUGGAGAAUUAUGUCCUUCAUUAAGAGAUGGGACGAAAGAAUUGUUUGAAUCUUUAGAAGCAAAUAAUGUACCGAUUUUAGUUUUUUCUGCUGGGCUAGGGGAUACAGUAGUAGCAGUACUUAAACAUUGUCAAGUUUAUCUAUCAAAUGUUGAGGUAGUAUCUAAUUUUUUGAAGUACAACAAUAAUGGUAUCAUUGAAGGCUUCCAAAAUCUGGUCAUUCACAUAUACAACAAAAAUGAGGUGGCCAUCAAAGGUACACACUUCUAUCACAGAAUAAUGGAUAAAGAGAAUGCUCUUUUGAUGGGUGAUUCCUUAGGAGAUGCUAGUAUGGUGGAUGGUAUGGAAAAUGUGAAAGAGGUUCUUAAAAUUGGAUUUUUAUAUGAAAGGAGUGAAGAAUCUUUACCGAGUUAUAUGGAUACAUUUGAUAUAGUCUUGGUAGAUGAUCAGACAAUGGAUAUACCAAGGGCAAUAAUAGAUUUAAUUAAAUCAAAACAAAUACAAGGUGAUUGCAUCUAACAUUUUUAACAAAUACAUAAUUUAAAAAAAAAAUCUUUUAUUUAUUUUAUUGACAUUUUUUCAUUGUUGCUAUAUUUGCUGUUAUUUAAAUAAAUCGUAUUCUUUGGUUUUUUAAUUUA